GUUUUCUACCCAAGAAUACUACUUCAGGAGAUCAGGCAAAAGGUUAGGGUGAUGGUGACAGUGGAAAUGUAGAAAAAGGAAUUUAUUCAAGAGGUAUUUAAAAAGAAGUGAAAUAGAGAUGAGUUGGCGAUAGAUUGGAUAAAAAGAGUGAGGGAGAGGGAGGUGCCAGGCUGCAGCCCAGGUUCUGAGUUGCCAAAGAGGGGUCUUUUCCUCAAGGAAAUUGAGACACGCCGGUUGUGAAACCUACUGAAGUGAGCGGCGGCACCAGGAUUGCUGGGACCCCGACCUCUUUGCAGCUUGCACAGCUAAGGGCGAGGGCGCCCUUCCGCGGAAGCAGCAAACCGCCGGCUAGCCCAGCGAGGAGGGCUGCCAGGGUCCGGGCUUGGGAAUUGGCUGGCACCCAGCGCAAAGAGACGUGAGCUGAGCGGAAGGGGAGAAGAGUGCGCAAGUCAGAGGGCGGAGCGCGGCGGCGCUACGCGAUGUCACUACGCCGGGCGAUAUGGGGUGCCUGCUGUUUCUGCUGCUCUGGGCGCUCCUCCAGGCUUGGGGAAGCGCUGUAGUCCCGCAAAGGCUUUUCCCCCUCCGCUUCCUCCAGAUCUCGUCCUUCGCCAAUAGCAGCUGGACGCGUACCGAUGGCUUGGUGUGGCUGGGGGAGCUGCAGACGCACAGCUGGAGCAACGACUCGGACACCGUCAGCUCUCUGAAGCCUUGGUCCCAGGGCACGUUCAGCGACCAGCAGUGGGAGACGCUGCAGCAUGUAUUUCGGGUUUAUCGAAGCAGCUUCACCAGGGACGUGAAGGAAUUCGCCAAAAUGCUACGCUUAGCCUAUCCCGUGGAGCUCCAGGUAUCCGCUGGCUGUGAGGUGCACUCUGGGAACGUCUCAAAUAACUUCUUCCAUGUAGCAUUUCAAGGAAGAGAUAUCCUGAGUUUUCAAGGAACUUCUUGGGAGCCAGCCCAAGAGGCCCCACUUUGGGUAAACUCGGCCAUCCAAGUGCUCAACCAGGACAAGUGGACGAGGGAAACAGUGCAGUGGCUUCUUAAUGGCACCUGCCCCCAAUUUGUCAGUGGCCUCCUUGAGUCAGGGAAGUCGGAACUGGAGAAGCAAGUGAAGCCCAAGGCCUGGCUGUCCCGUGGCCCCAGUCCUGGCCCUGGCCAUCUGCUGCUGGUAUGCCAUGUCUCAGGAUUCUACCCAAAGCCUGUAUGGGUGAAGUGGAUGCGGGGUGAGCAGGAGCAGCAGGGCACUCAGCCAGGGGACAUCCUGCCCAAUGCUGACGAGACAUGGUAUCUCCGAGCGACCCUGGAUGUGGUGGCUGGGGAGGCGGCUGGCCUGUCCUGUCGGGUGAAGCACAGCAGUCUAGAGGGCCAGGACAUCGUCCUCUACUGGGGUGGGAGCUACACCUCCGUGGGCUUGAUCGCCUUGGCAGUCCUGGCAUGCUUGCUGUUCCUCCUCAUUGUAGGCUUUACCUCCUGGUUUAAGAGGCAAACUUCCUAUCAGGGCAUCCUGUGACUCGCCUUGCCACAUCUGUGUCUCUGGAACCCAGGACCUCUGGACCUCAGGUUCCCAAGACUUCAGUCCUGGUCUGCUCAGGAAUUGAAGAUGAAAGGAAUUAAAGAUGAAAGGAGAGAUACCUUGAAAAAGUAGAGAACAGUCAUAAGGCAGCUUUCAUCACACCCUUUUAACAUUUAUCUAAAAGAAUUUAAAUUCUUUUUUAAAAAUUACACUACAAGUUUAUAAGCCCAAAUGGCUCUGUGAAAUCAGAGGUGCAAAUGUGUGCAAACUUGUAUCUGAAGACCUACCAGGGACAAGGAGGUAAGAGCUGGUGUGAGUGUGUGUGAUGGGAUCUGCAAUGAACUGGAACACACAUGUCCUAUCCAAAGGAAUCAGCUGCAGCUGCUUGUUGUCAAGUAUAAAGUCAGGACCUGGCUUGGCUUUAACCAUUUUUCAAGAAAACUGGAAAUCUGGAUUUUCAGCAAACGUGCCUGAUUUUAAAAGGUCGACUCAAGUUUUGACAAAAUACUAUGUGGGACACCCCAAAUACAUACCUACUGACUGAUGACAAACCCAGGAGUUUGUGUCUCUUCUAUAAAAAGUUUGCUCUGGAUGUCAUAUUGGCAGUUAGAGGACACAGUUUCUACUGUAAACUUGGAUUUACAACUGAAGAAGGACAUUUUCUCUUAAAAAGAAAGUUAGGUUAUAAGAAACAGAGGCGUUUCACAUUUUUACUUGGUGUAAUUAAUAAAUGAAGAGAAACCAUAGUGUGUGUGUAUUAUGUUGUAAAAAACUACUCUGAGUAAGGAUAUUUCUCUCAAAUGGUCAUCACUUUUUUCCUGGAAGAAGAUUGUCAUGAAGGCAUCCCUUCCUUCCCAAAACAACAGCAGCAACAACAGCAGUGUCCUUUACUUAUGGCUAUUAAAAGAGACAAUGUAGGGAAAGGGCCAGCACCACCUGGGCAAGCAAGAGCUGCAGCAAUGAUGGUGAUGGUAGCCCAGCUAUGCUGUGUUCUUAUCUUAGAGAGGACAGAGCAGGAAACUUACAGGGGCAGCAGACCUUUCUAAUGCCAAAGAAAUAAGGAGGCCAAAAUCUUGUUUGCCUAGCUGGGAGAUAAAUCUCCUGGCAGUCAGGGCCCCUGAACACCCAGAAAAAAUAAGUGAGACUUAACUGCUGGGGAGUGUUUGCUUGAGAAAAGUAAGAUUUCACACUCUCUAUACUAGACUUGCACAUAUGAAUUUAGGAUGUGGGUGAAGAUUCUGCUAGCUUCAAUAUAUCUCAAAGCACUUGGAUAUGCCUAUAAUCCAAGUGCUUUGGGAGGCUGAGGUAGGAGGAUUGCUUAAGGCCAGGCAUUUGAAAUCAGCCCGGGCAACAUAGUGAGACCCUGUCUCUACAAAAAAUUUAAAAAUUAGCCAGCUGUGGUGGUGAGCGCCUGUAGUCCUAGCUACUCUGGAGGCUGAGGUGGGAGGAUCCCUUGAGCCCAUGAAUUCCAGGUUAGUGAGAGCCGUGAUUGUGUCACUACACUGUAAGGAUGACAGAGGGAGACCCUGUCUUAAAAAAUAAAUUACGCUAGCUUCUAAAUCAACGGUUCCCAAAUUGUAGUAACCUGACCAGCAGCCUCAGCAGGACCCGGGAACUUGUUAGAAAUGCAAAUUGUUUUGGGCCUCAUCCUAUACCCGCUGAAUGAGAAACUCUGGGUCUGGGAGAGGGCUCGAUAGUCAAGCCCUCUAGUGAUUCUGUUGCUUAGCUAAAAUUAGAGAACCACUGUUCUUAGACAUUGUGCAGUGUUAUACAACAACUUCCUCAAAAUGCUAAGUGAAAAGGAGAUUGGCCUGGCGUUAGUCGGGGAAGGCGUCCUGGAGGGAGGGGAAUUCGAAGCCGGGCUUUGAGAAACAAAGACAGUGAGAUGAACCAGCAAAUGCACUGGCUGAGGGGACUGGAGUUCUAGCCUCGGAACCAGUUUCCUCCUGUGCCAAAGGAGGAUGAUAAUGUCUGCCUUGAUUAUAUCCUAGACUUGUGGAGUUCAAGUGUGUAAUGCCUUAAAAGAUGUGGAGGCUGUUUCUGUGUUUGGUACCGCAUCGCCCUCAGGUGGCGCUCUUCAGCUUAGGUUCCUCUAGCAGUGUCAAGCUUGUGAACCAACCCCACUGGCCUUCUGCAUUCUGAGGGCACAUGCGUUAAAGUCUCUACUGAUGUCCUUUUGGAAAUGCCUCUGCAUGAAUUUAUGGUAGCUCUGACUCAUCUUUAAACAAUUUUAAUUUAUUUAGAAAAUAAAGGCUUAUCUCUCCAGGAAA